AUGGCCGUUCCUGCUGUCCCAAACAUGCAACUGAACAACACAGUAAGUCAAAACUCCGCAGUACGUAACAUCGAUAUUGACGAAAGAGAAUUGGAGAACAUCACGAACAACGAUGGAAACGGCACCCUCCCAUUACAUUCUCCGUGGACUUUUUGGCUUGAUAGGUAAGCUCACCAUUUUAUCAUUACAUGGACUUGAUGGUGAUUCUUUCUAUGAUUUGUUUUCAUGGGAUGAGUUUGUAUGAACUCAACUGCAUUUGGGAUAGCUAGCUAGCAAGCCUUGCCAAAACAAAGGAGUCUUGCAAGUUGCAGACAGUGCAUGUGUAUAACGCCACAAUAGUUAUGAUUAUUACACUAUAGCCUGUGUUUUCACAAUCACUGUUUCUUAUUCCUCAGUUGAUAUGGUGCCAUGCAAUGUACCGUUAGUUAGAAAAUGUUCUCAAAAUCUCAGUCUUAGGCAGGCUAUCAGAAAUUGUAUUCAUUGUAAAACUUCAGAUCAUUGCUUCACUGACUAUUAGCAAAUAUGAUUCUAUUAUGGGAAGUGUACACAUGACCUGCUGGAAUUGGACUUUGUCUAUUUUUAUCAACACUGUGAGUACUUGUAUAUGGGGCAGAGCUUGUUUACCUCUGCUAUGUAACCUGUGUUAAGACCUUGGGUUGGGGAAAGCCCGAGGCCCUCAACACUGAUUUGUUCUAAAUAUUUGUUCUACAAAACAGUUUUUCCUGAAUAUAGGCAUAGGGGUGAAAGUAUUUAUUUCCAAUCUCAAGACUAAAAGUUAAAUCAUAGGCUAGUCUGUUUUUGUUUAGGCUUCUGCCAUCCAUUGACUCUGUAAUGUGGAUACCUUUUCUCUGUCUUGGUUUUCAUUUAGACCUAGCUUUUUUACAGUAUAAUCAAAAACUGUGAUGGAUGUCACAAUAAUGGACAUAGAUUUUGCUUAUACAGAUCUUUCUUUUCAUUGUGUUCUUAUUGAAGUGAUGUAUAUCAAUGAAAAAAGUAUUUGCCCCCUUUCUGAUUUUCUCUAUUUUUACAUAUUUGUCAUACUUAAAGUUAUCAGAUGUUUGACCAAAACCUAAUAUUAGAUCAGAGGAACCUGAGUUUACAAAUAUUAUGUCUGGCGAAAACCAAACAACAAACACUGCAUUCCACAGUAACAACCUCAUACCAACGGUCAAGCAUGGUGGUGUGAUGGUUUGGGGAUGCUUUGCUGCCUCAGGCCCUGGACGACUUGCCUUAAUAGAAGGAACCAUGAGUUCUGCUCUGUAUCAGAGAAUUCAACAGGAGAAUGUCAGGCCAUCCGUCUGUGAGCUGAAGUGCAGCUGGGUCAUGCAGCAAGACAAUGAUCCAAAACACACAAUCAAGUCCACAGGAAAAUGGCUAGAAAGCAAAAAAUAUGAAGUUUUGGAAUGGCCUAAGUCCAGACCUAAUCCCAAUUGAGAUGUUGUGGCAGGACUUGAAACGAGAAGUUCAUGCAUGAAAACCCACAAAUGUUGCUGAGUUAAAGCAGUUCUGCAUGGAAGAGUGGGCCAAAAUUCCUCCACAGUGACCUGAGAGACUGAUCAACAACUACAGGAAGCGUUUGGUUGGAGUCAUUGCAGCUAAAGGUGGCACAAGCAGUUAUUGAGUGUAAGGGGGUAAUUACUUUUUUCACACGGGCAUUGGGAGUUAUAUAAGUUUGUUUAUUAAAUAAGUAUGUCAUUGUUGUGUUAUUUGUUCACUCAGGUUCCCUUUAUCUAAUAUUAGGUUUUGGUUGAAGAUCUGAUAACAUUCAGUAUCAAAAAUAUGCAAAAUUAGAGAUAAUUAGAAAGGGGGCUUUUUCACAGCACUGUAUGUGAACAUCCCUUCAAAUUAGUAGAUUCGGCUAUUUCAGCCACACCCAUUGCUGACAGGUGUAUAAAAUCGAGCACACAGCCUUGAAAUCUCCAUAGACAAACAUUGGAAGUAAAAUGGCCUUACUGAAGAGGUCAGUGACUUUUAACGUGGCCCGUCAUAGGAUGCCACCUUUCCAACAAGUCAGUUCGUCAAAUUUCUGCCCUGCUAGAGUUGCCCCGGUCAACUGUAAGUGCUAUUAUUGUGAAGUGGAAAUGUCUAGGAGCAACAACGGCUCAACUGCGAAGUGGUAAGCCACACAAGCUCACAGAACAUGAGCGCCGAGUGCUGAAACGCGUAGCGUAUAAAAAUCUCCUGUCCUCGGUUGCAACACUCACUACCGAGUUCCAAACUGCCCCUGGAAGCAACGUCAGCACAAUAACUGUUCGUCGGUAGCUUCAUGAAAUGGGUUUCCAUGGCCGAGCAAGCCUAAGAUCACCAUGCGUAAUGCCAAGCGUCGGCUGGAGUGGUGUAAAGCUCGCCACCAUUGGACUCUGGAGCAGUGGAAAACGCUUCACCAUCUGGCAGUCCGACAGACAAAUCAGGGUUUGGCGGAUGCCAGAAGAACGCUACCUGCCCGAAUGCAUAGUGCCAAUUGUAAAGUUAGGUGGAGGAGGAAUAAUGGUCUGGGGCUAUUUUUCAUGGUUCGGGCUAGGCCCCUUAGUUCGCUACAGCAUACAAUGACAUUCUAUACGAUUCUGUGCUACCAACUUUGUGGCAACAGUUUGAGGAAGGCCCUUUCCUGUUUCAGCAUGACAAUGCCCCCGUGCACAUGCACAAAGCGAGGUCCAUACAGAAAUGGUUUGUCGAGAUCGGUGUGGAAGAACUUGACUGGCCUCCACAGAGCCUAAUCUCAACCCCAUCGAACACCUUUGGGAUUAAUUGGAAAGCCGACUGCGAGCCAGGCCUAAUCUCCCAACAUCAGUGCCCGACCUCACUAAUGCUCUUGUGGCUGAAUGGAAGCAAGUUUUGAAAGAUCUUGAUAUACAGUGCCUUCAGAAAGUAUUCACACACCUUCACUUUUUCCACAUUUUGUUGUGUUACAACCUGAAUUUAAAAUUGAUUACAUUGAGAUUUUUGUUUCACAGGCCUACACACAAUACCCAUUAAUGUCAAAGUGGAAUUAUGUUUUUAGAAAUUGUUACACAUUAAUUACAAAUGAAAAGCUGAAAUGUCUUGAGUCAAUAAGUAUUCAACCCCUUUAUGGCAAGCCAUAAGUUCACGAGUAAAAAUGUGCUUAAAUCACAUAAUACAUUGCAAUAAAUAGUGUUUAACAUGAUUUUUGAAUGACUACCUCAUCUCUGUAACCCACACAUACAAUUAUCUGUAAGGUCCCUCAUUCGAGCAAUGCAUUUCAAACACAGAUUCAACCACAAAGACUACGGAGAUUUUCCAAUGGCUCGCAAAGAAGCUAUUGGUAGAUGGGUAAAAAAUAAAAAAGCUUACAUUGAAUAUCCCUUUGAGCAUGGUGAAGUUAUUGAUUACACUUUGGAUGGUGCAUCAAUACACCCAGUCACUACAAAGAUACAGGCGUCCUUCCUAACUCAGUUGCUGGAGAGAAAGAAAACUGCACCAUGAGGCCAAUGGUGACUUUAAAACAGUUACAGAGUUUAAUGGCUGUGAUAGAAAACUGAGGAUGGAUCAACAACAUUGUAGUUACUCCACAAUACUAACCUAAAUGAGAGUGAAAAGAAGGAAUCUUGUACAGAAUUACAAAUAUUCUAAAGCAUGCUGUUUGUGAAAAGGCACUAAAGUGAAAUUGCUAAAAAUGUGGCAAAGAAAUGAACUUUUUGUGGAUAAUAAAUCAAGAGGUAUGAAUACUUUCUGAAAGCACUGUAGGCAAUAUACCCUCUAAUUUGAUCAUUGUGGAAAUUCUGUGCAAUUUCCAGCCCAUGUUUACUGUGAACACUGAGGCUAUACCCGCUUUACGUUACAGUUUUAACAGUGGCCAUGUAAGUUACUGUGGCUAUUUGAUCAUAAUGUAGGCCUACCAGAGUGGCCUACCAUCAAAAACAAUGGAGAAAAUGCAUCCCAUAACAUUUUAUCAUGUCCCCUGUAGCUCAGUUGGUAGAGCAUGGCGCUUGCAACGCUAGGGUUGUGGGUUCUUUCCCACGGGCGGCCAGUAUGAAAAUGUAUGCACUCACUAACUGUAAGUCGCUCUGGAUAAGAGCGUCUGCUAAAUUACUAAAAUGUAAAUGUAAGUCCCUGCCGCAAUGUUCCAAUAUCUGGUGGAAAGCUUUCCCAAAAGAGUGGUGCUGUUAUAGCAGCAAAGGGGGGACCAACUCCAUAUUAAUGCCCAUGAUUUUGGAAUGAGAUGUUCGACAAGCAGGUGUCCACAUACUUUUGGUCAUGUAGCGUACGUCUCUGGCCAAGAGAGAAGGCAGUCAACUUAAAACGGGUCAGUCAGUCUUGUUUACUGCUGGGCUAGAGUCCUGUGGAAAGGUGUUGACACCUGAUCUUCUCCAACCUGGCUGCUUUGAGCACUGCUGGACCAAGGCUUGCUAUAGGUACAAAAACAAAACAGGUUAUUUUAGGACUGAUAGAUCUUGCCGGAUGCAGAGUUAUAUAUAGAUGAAAUUAGAUAUUUAUGUUUUGUUUGGAUCUUUCCUCCAGAUCUUUACCAGGAACAACCGCAGCAGAAUGUGAAUCAGGUCUGAAAAAAAUCUACACUGUGCAAACAGUUCAGGUAAGGUUUCUGUGUUAGUUGAGAGGUUUAAGAUAAUUGCCACAUCAUGAUAAAUAAAUACAAAAAAAAAAAGUUUUACAAGAUAAAUACACAUGUAUAUCUUUAUGUUAUGUCUUUGUGUUUAUCAAUAAUAAUGCAGUAAUAAAGGCAACACUAUGAAUUUGAUAAUUAUGGUAAAGAUCCAAUUGUUCCUCAUAUUUUUGAAUAGACCUUUUGGAGCGUGUACAACAAUAUACCUGGAGUUUCCAGUUUACCACUGCGAUGUAGCUAUCACUUAAUGAGAGGAGAGAGAAGACCACUCUGGUAAGACUAAAUAAUCAUAAUUCUAUGUGUAAAUGGUAUGACCUUUCAUUUACUCUCGUUCUUGCUAUGCAUUUUCCAUUUCAUCCAGGGAAGAAGAGAGUAAUGCAAAGGGGGGAGUUUGGAAAAUGAAAGUACCCAAAGAAAGCACUGUAAGUACAAUAAAGGUAAUACGUUAUGUUUUAACCAUUCAUACCAUAUUUAAUUUAUGUUUGUUGAGUAAAUGUGUGUACUGGUAACAUACUCAAUGUGUCUUCAUUUCCCCAGCCUGCUGUAUGGAAGGAGUUACUGUUGGCCACUAUUGGGGAGCAAUUCACUGAUUACUGUGCUUCAGGUAAGUGUGAAGAGAGAGUGCAUCAUGUGCAGUGUCUUUCAGACUCCAACUGUGGGUUUUGGUCUACAUGGUCUUUUGUCAGCUUGUACAGUCAUGAAGAAUUAGUCAGUGAUCACCAACGAUGAUGAGGCAGCUUAUAGGGAGGAGGUCCAGGACCUAGCAGUGUGGUGCCAGGACAACAACCUCUCCCUCAACGUCAGCAAGACAAAGGAGCUGAUCAUGGACUACAGGAAACAGAGGGGCGAGUACGCCCUCAUCCAUAUCAAUGUGGCUGUAGUGGAGCAGGUCGAGAGCUUCAAGUUUGUCUGUGUCCACAUCACUAAGGAAUGAACAUGGUCCACACAGCUAUGAAGAGGGCAUGACAGCGUAUCUUCCCCCUCAGGACAUAGGGGUGCUGCAGCACCAGUCAAAAGUUUGGACACACCUACUCAUUCAAGGGUUUUUCUUUAUUUUUACUAUUAUUCUACAUUGUAGAAUAAUAGUGAAGACAUCAAAACUAUGAAAUAACACAUAUGGAAUCAUGUAGUAACCAAAAAAGUGUUAAACAAAUCCAAAUAUAUUUUAUAUUUUAGAUUGAUGACGAUUUUGCACACUCUUGGCAUUCUUUCAACCAGCUCCACUUGGAAUGCUUUUCCAACAGUCUUGAAGAAGUUCCCACAUAUGCUGAGCACUUGUUGGCUGCUUUUCCUUCACUCUGCGGUCCAACUCAUCCCAAACCAUCUCAAUUGGGUUGAGGUCGGGUGAUUGUGGAGGCCAGGUCAUCUGAUGCAGCACUCCAUCACGCUCCUUCUUGGUCAAAUAGUGUGUUUUGGGUCACUGUUGAAAAACAAAUGAUAGUCCCACUAAGUGCAAACCAGAUGGGAUUCCGCUUUUAGUCGUUAUUGUUAUUCACUGUGUAUGUAUUCCUGUGGUUUGCGAAGCAUGUAACAAAUACAAUUUGAUUUAAAUCAACCAUACAGUAGAAGUCUGAAAUGCCAUGAACAUCCUGUCAUAAAGAAAAACAUACAACUUUACAAGGGACGGAAUAUUGUAUCUCAAAAUAUUGAAGGGUAUUGAUGUAUUUAUCUGAAAUGUUUUCUUCUCUGGUUGUGUUUCAGAGGAUGAGGUGGUUGGUGUUAGUGUCAGCAUACGAGACAGAGAAGAUGUUGUUCAAAUCUGGAAUGGAAAUGCCUCUUUUGCUAACGAAGCAAACAUCCUAGGACGGAUCUAUGAACUUCUUCCACAGAUCACUUUUAAGGCAGUAUUUUAUAAG